AUGUGACAUCCUCUUAUAGCCACUCACACACACACACCAGCAAACUUACACACACCAGCAAACUUACACACCCUGCCUUUAUACAGGGCUAACCUUCAGCAAGUGCAAGUGAGUGAUCACUCAGGAAGGCGACUUUGCGUCUCUCCCCCCCACUCAGGGAACACCGUUGCCAGGGUUUGCCCAGAGGGAGCUGCAGAGGGAAGAUGCUGUGUAGCAGAGUAAUCGGGAUCAUUCUCUCCUGUGCCAGCCUGAUAUUCAUCCUCACCGGGCUGCUGACAGAUUACUGGCUGGUAGACUUUGGUGAAAAGCUCUCCCAUCAAGGACUGUGGCAGAUAUGCAGUAAGAAUGUUUGUUAUCAACUCUCAGGCAGCGGGUUUCUUGGUGCCACUCGUGGGCUUGUUAUCUUCUCCACGGCCCUCCUCCUGCUUGGCAUGGUGUCUGCCUGCUUGUCGUUCAAUAACUUAUCUGUGGGGAAGAUCACUGCGUCCCUUCUGGCAGCCAUGUUGAAGAUUUUGGCAGGUAUCUUCCUUCUCAUUGGAAUGUCUGUAUACACCGGAGAAACUGUCAGUUUUGUCAAUAAUGGAUCCCUUAACUACCAGUGGUCUUUCUACCUCUGUUGGGUUGCAGUUUUUAUGCUGUUCAUUUCAGGGGCAUGUAACAUUGUGGCCCACCAAGCCUCACCAACGCCUGGAUACGAAGCUGUCUGAACAAGAGCGCCUGCCUCAGAACAUCAGGAUCCUCAGCCAAUCCCAUUCCCUGUUUGCUUGAUAAUGCCAAGGCUAAUGAAAGGGCUAAUAUAGUACAGUUUGUAUUAGUGAACAAAGCUCUUAUUGCACUUUGGCAAGUUUCAAUAAAAUAUUUUGCAUCUCUGUA